CACUUCCGGGAGGAGGGCCGGUAACCCGUGGCGUCUACUAAGUAGCCUCUGACCCGAGAGCUCCAGGGUCGCUCCCGACAUCACGGCAUUGCGGUGAGCCCCCAGCCUCUGGGUCGGCCCCUCCACCCCGUUCUCUUGGCGCAAGGCUCAUGCCAGUCCAGCCGCUGAACAAAGAGGCGGAGGAGAUGGAGGUGGAGGGGGAUUCGGCGGCCGAGAUGAACGGGGAGGAAGAGGAGAGCGAGGAGGAGCAGAGCGGCAGCCAGUCGGAGUCAGAGGAGGAGAGCUCAGAGAUGGACGAUGAGGACUGUGAGCGUCGCCGCAGCGAGUGCCUGGACGAGAUGUCGGAUCUGGAGAAGCAGUUUUCGGAGCUGAAGGAGAAGCUAUUCAAGGAGCGCCUGAGCCAAGUGCGAGUGCGGCUGGAGGAGGUGGGCGCCGAGCGAGCCCCGGAGUACACGGAGCCUCUCGGGGGGCUGCAGCGCAGCCUCAAGAUUCGCAUUCAGGUGGCAGGCAUCUACAAGGGAUUCUGCCUGGAUGUGAUAAGGAACAAAUAUGAGUGUGAGCUACAAGGAGCCAAGCAGCACUUGGAGAGCGAGAAGCUACUGCUGUACGACAACCUGCAGGGAGAAUUACAGGAGCGGAUCCAGAGGCUGGAGGAGGACAGGCAGAGCUUCGACAUCAACUCCGAGUGGUGGGAUGACAAACUGCACCCCAAAGGCAACCUGAAAGCGUGGGACUCCCUGCAGUCGAGUAAGAGGAAGAAGGCACCUCUCGUUUCCGGACCCUACAUCGUGUAUAUGCUGCAGGACAUUGACAUCCUAGAGGACUGGACGGCUAUCAAGAAGGCCAAGGCGGCCGUGUCCCCCCAGAAGAGGAAAUCAGACGGCUAUGGCUCGGGGCCUGCCCAGGGAGGGCAAGGAAAGAGGCCUGUGUUCCUGUGGGCCCCAAGGGCCGUGACCCCCUCCCUCGCACCCCCGACGCCGCCGUCAGCAGCAGCAGCAGGAGGAGGAGGAGGAGGAGGAGGAGGAGGCGGGCCACGCCGAUGUACCGCCGGCCCCAAGUCCGAGCCGGGCCUCACGUCCUCAGGAGGGCACGGAGGGCCCGCGCGAGUGUGACCGGACCCCCGAGCGUGUCCCCCGGAUCCUGUUCCCGGAACGCUGUCCGCCUGCCCCGGACUCCUCGUGGCCCAAGCUGGCAGACUGACCCCCGGCCCCUCGCCGUCGCCCACCCCCCCUCCAAGUUGGGUGCCUCCCCCACUAUGCCAGGCACCCGGGAAAGGUCUGACCCCGCACCCUGGCCGGCCUGGGUGUUCCCCUGGCUCCCUACUUCCUCUCCCUGUCAGUUCCAGGCUGGCACACUGCCCCAGGUGGGUUAAGAAGACAUGCCUCACUUUGAGACCCAGCCAAGUCCCUUCCCUGGCCAGCCUGGAGGGCCGGGCCCCGGGGCCGAAGCGCUGCUUUAGGUGCUGGAUGGGAGAACUCCCAGAGAUGUAUAUUUUUUUGAUGCUUCUUCCCUUUCCCCACCUCCACCGUUGCCUCCUGCGCCGGGCUGGGAAGAACUGAAGAUCCCGGGCUUUCCCAGGGACCACUCUUCACCCCCGACUCUUGGUGAUGGAGUUGGCAUUAAAGUUAAUAAUAAUAAUAAU